AUGGCUUCUUCAGAGAUCUGGAUUGCUCCUCUGGUUGAACGAUUGCUAAACCAUUACCUCGACGGGCCAACGAGCGAAACAUGCUUAGAAGAUGAUGGAAGUAACCUACGUUUCGCAGACAAUAGCCCUCAUUCGGCUUUGAUAGUGAAAUGGACGGAAGACGACAGAUCACCCAUGCCUAAUUUGACGGACACAAAUACCCAGAUACAAGCGAUCCUUGCUCGAGAGUCGCUAGAAGAAUAUCGUAGGGACUAUCCUGACCAACCGUUGAUCAAGGAUGGUAUGCGAGGAUAUACUAUAAACUUAUUGGAUUUCGAGCUUGUCUUCGAAUAUACCACAUCAGAGCCCAAGCUUCAUCUAUACGUCAAGCGUUUCAGCAUCGCAUGGGACAAAAGCAGGUUCAAGGGGCCGCCACAGGGCAGGACAAUCAGAAACAAACCUGAGAUGUAUGACUUGAUGCAUUCUGCCCUCCAAAAGGCCAAGUCUCGAGAGACUGCCACCACAGAUAGUGCGGGCAAUGGGAACCGCUCCGAUGAGUCGAUCAAGUCUCAGGACGGCGAAACAGAUGGACUGAACGACUCUCAAAACCAGCUAAUGUCCCAGUUACCCCCAAAGCAACCAGUAGAGCUCUUUGCCAGUGCCUUUGCGACUGCGAAGACUCUUCUGGGUUCUUUGAAACCCCCUGCCAGGCCGGCGCAAGACUCACAACAAAAGAAAGACAAUGAUACGAAUGUUGUUGCGUCAGGAAGGGAUCAUCCUGCUCUUGGCGGAGCAACAAAACAGCCUAAUAUUAACCGUUGCGCCGCGCGUAUCGAUGAGUUGUCCGCAGGUUCCUUGGUUUUUGACCCUGGUCUGAACGGCAAUGCAAUCGUCAAGGAAUUUGAUCAAACUGAUAUCGACACGGCUGGUAAAGUAACAGCUAAGUCCGGAAUCGGCAAAGCGCCUUUCGAGACCAAGACCCAGGAGAGAGCCUUGACAGAUUAUAACAAAGAGCCAGACCACGAAUUGAACAAAGAGGCAGUCCCUAGCCAGAUCGUCCAGAAAAAUCAUUUGGAACGAGUCGAUACAAUUGUGGAGACUCUUACAGAUGUUCAUACCAGCAAUGCAGACCCUUGGGAUGGUAUGACAGAGAUUCGGAAAGAAGACAUUACUAUACCCAAGGAUCAGGCAAAGCUGCUAGACGAGCAGGCCAAGCUUUGCUGGCUACCACCAGCCCCUGACCAGGGCUAUCCGCAACCCAACGUGCCCCCUUUGCUCCUACAGCAAUGGAAUGAGAUUGCAUUCCAAAGAAGUAUUCGGGCGGAAGAACGUAGGAUCAAGGAGUUGGAGGCCUUGGAGCUUCACGGAUCCCGUCCGAGCUCAUCGGGUGCUACCAGCUCCUCCGACUCGGCCUAUGAGACCCCAAGCGGCGAUCGGAUCGAAUGGUCGCAAUCUCCUCGGCGGGGUCGGGACCUACCUGCGGACAGUAGCCCGCCCGAGGCAGGACAGGUAGAGAGGCCAGCUAUGGAUAAAAGCAAUGGAGGAAAUUGUCCGUUGGAUCAGCCACCCCAUGAUGUGGAGCAGGAACGACGGACAAACGUUCAUCAGGAAAUAUCGCAUGAACAGCAGGAGCUCGAACCUUUGCCAGAAGGUGCACGAGAGUCCCACAGAUCUAUUGCAAUUCCUACCCAAUUGCGCCUACAAGCUAGCGGGGAGCCUCUUCCGCAGCUUGACGACGGUGACGAUCGAAUUCACCUGCAAGAACCCCAAGUUGAGUUUGACCGGAUGAGUGAAGACUCGGUAAUGGAUACGUCUGUUCCUCGUCCGCUGGGGGUAGACCCAAGCCAAUCAGAGCAAGAGGUUGGCAGCUCAGACCCAUCGCUUCCGGGUUUGUCCACUCAGGUGCAAGUGCAGGUCAUGGAAACUCCUGCUGCACAUCUUGUUCGAUUCCGCCAGCUUACUCAAAGCACAGGCGGUGCAAGCCAGGAGUCGCAACAGCCAGGGCAGUCAUCGUCUCCGGCCGCAAAAUCAUCUUCUCAAUCACGAAUUUGCAAUACCUACCAUAGCAAUGAUGAGGCGAAGAAUCACACUGCUCAGGACAUGUCGAAUUCAACUCAACCGCAUGGGACUGCGGAAUCCAGUGAACUCAAUAUAAUGGAAACACAGCUCAGCGGUGGGGAGUGGUCAUUUCCAGGCACGACUCCCUCGAAUUCUGGUCAAGUGUUGAACUCUUCUGGGACAAGGGACCGUGAGCCGAGCGUAUUUAUCACUGCAUCCCCGGGCCACGCAGAAGAGUCGUCGAACCCAUUUUCGUCAUACCGAGAGGCUCACCCUUCUCUGCAGACAGACGAUGGAAAUGGAACAUCAACCGGCUUUCCCAGCCCCACUCAAGUUACGCCUACUAGGCAUCGAAUGCCUCGGUUGAAACGAGGCGCAUCUGAAAUUGAGAGGGAACGAACUCCUCCUUCGAAAAGACCAAAGAUGGCGUGUAGCGAAGGCGGCGACUCUGUCCAAGAGCUUGCGUUCAACGUAAUUUCGCGUCGAGAAACCUACAUCAACCGCUCCGCGGAGCACGCUGAGGCGCAGAAAGUCUACGAGAAGUUUCGGAGUGACUAUCCCGACUACGAUGGCGACUUCAACCAUUUCGCGAUGUUGUGUUCCAAACUGCAGGCACUGCGGGCUAAAGGACAAUUCCAAAGGUCGUUCCUCUGGGAUGAUUUUGUUAUCAUGCACUUGAAGGAAUAUGAACGUUACCUCCAUCAAAUCGCGGCAGCUGACGUUAAGAUACUGGAGUAUGAAAAUUUCUUCGCCUCCUAUAUCUUGAGGCCGUCUUACAAAAAGCGCAGUCUCACAGCGAAAGGGAUUGAAAUAUCUGCUGCGCAGCAUGAUCGUUUGAGCGCUGCCGGCGUCCCAGCAAUCCCACGGCAUGAAACAAACACGUCAUUCACCGGCAGCCUUGUAGACAGAUUCUCCAAUUUCCACACGCGCUCCUUUGGACCUGAGACUCCAGGCUCACAGUCUGCAAUCACGGUUGAUCAACUAACGUGGAGCCCCUCGCCAGCUUCUCUUAGAGAGCCAAUUCGUGACUCAUCCGCAGAAAGCCGACACAUGGUUGAGGAAUUACUCGAUAUGGAACCGACACCUACCAAAGUCAACCGUUCACAUGAUCCUACUUCCAAUUCACCGUCCGAAGCGAUGGCUGAUCGGCUGGAGCGGCACACGCCUAGGCAUCUCGACACAUUACAAAGAGGCAACCGCAUGGUCGAGGAGGAGGAACCGCAUAAUACGCAGGCGACGCCUAAAGUCACCCGUUCACGUCACGUCCAUGACAUUCCCAACCAAACAAACCCUUCACUGGCUAGAAAAUCUCUAGAACCGCAGGUAACCAGUGGGGUUCCUCCUUCGUCCGAUGUCAAUCGCGAAGAUGAUGACGAGCGCAGCAUUCCCGAAACCAUCUCCAACAAUGACGAAGUCGAGCAGGGCUCGAUGGACGAAAUCCACGAGAAUGCUAGCGUCGAACUUGGCGACGACGAAACUUCCGCCACUCCAGCGGUAGAUCAGUCUGACGUCGCCGGAUCCGACGCUGUAAGCGAGGCCGACAGUUUUGACGAAGACUGGGUAGGGUGGCAUUGCCGCCGGCUUCAAAGCACAGGGCCGUUUUGGUCCGACGAUCCAAACACGCCAUUCAAGGUAUUGGCCCGAGCGGACGCGAACGUGAGGUCCGAGCUACUGCGCCGUGGGAUGGCCCGUUUCCCUGUCGACGAGAGAGGAGUCAUCCAACCGCUCGUCGACUAUCCGCCAAUGGUUUCAUUGCGCGAUUUGCUGGACGGCCCUGCGCCAAGUCCUACGCGUCCGUCAGAUGAACCGCAGAGUUGA